ACUCUCAAUUAUAACUUACAACUCAUUUAAAUCCAUUAAACCACUUAAUUACCAUCUCAUUUAAAUCCACAUAACCCAUACUAAUUUGUAACCUCUUAUAACUCAAAUUAUCACAACUUGUUGAGAAAAUAGGAGUAAGAGCAGGAAAUCUACAUUCAGAUAUCAAGAAUGUCGAAGUGGAAUAUAUGAAUUAAUAUGGCGUGAGAUUGAUUUGACGAUGAACGAAUAUAAAGUUCUUACAAUUGAAGAAUAAACGAGGAUCAACAACAGUACUAAUACCACCAAUUUCAUCCUCCUCGUCAAUUAUCACUAGUUUGAGUAAAGGUACCUCUCUUUCUACUUCCCAAGAUACACAAAUUUCAUCACCCAACGGUGAUUAUACAGCGGGUUUUCACUCGGUGGGUAAAAACGCCUAUUGCUUUGCUAUAUGGCUUAGCAACACACUUGGUGAUGAUAAAAAUUACACCAUAGUUUGGAUGGCCAAUCGAGACGACCCUGUGAAUGGAAGGCACUCAAAGCUUUCUUUACUGAAAUCAGGGGAUCUUGUUCUUACUGAUGCUGGCCAGCGCGUAGUUUGGGCAACUGAAACACAAUCAAAUGCCGAUGUUGAAUUGGAACUCUUGGACAACGGAAACCUUGUUCUUACAGACAAAACAAUUAUUAUUUGGCAAAGUUUCGACACACCAACUGACACACUCCUUCCUGGACAAGCACUGACCAAAAAUUCGAAGCUUGUGUCUCUAAGAAGCUCAACAAAUUUUUCAUCUGGCUUUUACAAGCUACACUUCUCUGAUGAUAAUGUGCUGGAGCUUGUAUAUGAAGGCCUAGAAAUGUCGAGCGUUUACUGGCCAACCUCGUGGAAAACAAGCUGGGAUAAUGGGCGAUCCACCUACAACAAUAGCAAAAUUGCAGUCUUCGACCUUUUGGGCCGUUUCAGGUCGACUGAUAGUUUUGAGGCUAACACUUCUGAUUUUGGUGAAGGAGGAAUUAAAAGAAGAUUAACGCUGGAUAUCGAUGGGAAUAUCCGAGUAUAUAGCCUAAAUAAGAAGAAGACAAACUGGAAAGUUUCUUGGCAAGCAUUUUCACAACCUUGUAGGAUUCAUGGAAUUUGUGGGUUGAACAGUUUGUGCACUUAUAGUCAUGAUUCUGGUAGAAAGUGCACUUGCCUACAAAAUCACAGUAUGAAAAAUCUGACGGACUGGUCCUAUGGAUGCAAGCCGGAUUUUAAGCUCUCCUGCGAUAGCAAUAUGGUGGACUUCCAUCAACUUCCUCAUGUUGAGUUUUUUGGGUAUGACAUUAAAAAGAUUUUCAAUUACACGUUGGAGCAGUGCAAAGAAGAAUGCUCACACAACUGCAUUUGCAAAGGAUUUCAAUUCAAAUAUGAUGAGAAGGAUGGCACCUAUAGUUGCUUCCCAAAGACCUUGCUCUUCAAUGGGUACCGUUCACCAUCUUGGAAAGAUAUAAUCUACGUAAAAAUGCCGAAGGCUGGCAAUGAUUCAUAUGUGGAACGUCCUAUAGGCAAAUUGCAGUGUGAAGGAACACAUCAUGUGUUGCUGGAAAGAAGCUACAAACAAAAAGAGCAACACGGAUGGUUAAAGACAUUUAUUGGGUUUAUUGCUGCAUUGGGAGUUUUUGAGUUCAUAUUCCUUGCCUCUUAUUUGAUUACAAACCUUAAAUGCUCCAGUGCAACACCUGGUCAAGUCUAUAGUCCGGCUAUCGAUAGGUUCAAGAGAUUCACCUACGCUGAGCUGAAAAAAGCAACGUCUAAUUUCAGAGAAGAAAUUGGCCACGGAAGUGGUGGUGUUGUGUACAAAGGAAAAUUAUCGGACAACAGAAUAGCAGCCAUCAAGUGUCUCAAAAUAGAAGCCAGCCAAGGAGAAACUGAAUUUCUUGCAGAGGUGAGCACAAUUGGCAAGCUUAACCAUAUGAAUUUGAUAGAUAUAUGGGGUUAUUGUGCAGAGGGUAAACACAGGCUCCUAGUGUACGAGUACAUGGAGCAUGGUUCUUUAGCGGAUAAUUUGCAUGCCAGUAAUAUUCUUGAUUGGGAAAAGAGGUUUAGGAUAGCACUGGGAACAGCAAAAGGUCUUGCUUACUUACAUGAAGAGUGUCUAGAAUGGGUUCUACAUUGUGAUGUAAAGCCUCAGAAUAUACUCUUAGACUCCAAUUAUGAGCCAAAGGUAGCUGAUUUUGGUCUCUCGAAGCUAUUAAAUAGAGGUGGAGCGGACAAUUCAAGCUUUUCCAGAAUAAGGGGGACAAGGGGUUACAUGGCUCCUGAAUGGAUUUUUCAUAAUCCCAUCACCUCCAAAGUCGAUGUCUAUAGCUAUGGAAUUGUUCUACUAGAAUUGAUCACUGGAAAGAGUCCAAAUAGACCUCAAUCUAACUUGGAUAAUGAUGAGAUGCAACAUACAAUGCUGGUCAACUGGGUUCGUGAGAAGAUUCAUGGAGAUGAGCAAAGUGCGUCGAAAAUUCAACAAGUCGUUGAUGGUGCUUUAGAUUGUAAUUACAAUUUGGAACAAAUGAAAGCUCUUAUAAAAGUAGCUUUGCAAUGUUCAAAAGAAGACAAAGAUGCAAGACUUACAAUGAGCCAGGUGGUGGAUAUUCUACAAGAGUAGAAAAGGAAAAUAUUUAAGUGAGCGUUUAGCUGUGUGGUUGCUUCAAGUAUUCUGCUUUUUUGUUCAAUUUCCUGUAUGUUGUAGUACCAUGUGAUGUCUCUAGUAUAGUAACCAAAAGAGAUAAAUAGAAGAAAAUAUGGAAUCUCAGAGUUACGACUAAGAAACGUGUUUUCGCACAAAGUUGUAAGGCUUGUAUGAGAAAUUCUUUUGGCGCCAUAAGAAAAAACUACGUAAAAUGAUGAUAGUACUUUAUUUUCGAAAAAACAACAAAUUGUGCUGCAGGAUGUGUCAUCUCAGUGCAUAUACACUAGUAAUGAUAUCUUGGUUUGGAUAUCGAUUCUAAUAUGUGUAAAGGUUUGCAAUUCCAAUUCUCAAGGCUUUGGUCACUUAGCUUGUUUUGGAUCUCUCGAGCUUGUAUCUUCUUUCAAGUGACAUUGAAUUACUUGUUAUUCGCAAUCCAUUUGAUUUGACAAAUGUAUAUUUUCCUACAGUAUGUCACUUGCAGCAUGAAUUGUUAGAUAGGACAGUUGAUGUUGUAUUUCUCGGGUUUAGUAAAAUCUGUAUUUUUUUCUAAUGAUAACUUUAAACACAUUAACAUA